AUGAAUGAGACGGUACGAUUGGCAGGAGGUUCUUCAAUUUCCGGUGUUUUUGUAAGCUGCUACAACUCAUUGGAAUCUUGCCUUCAUUCAUGUUAUAUGAGCUGUUAUAUUACUGAUUACUGCAAUGAUUCUCCUGAAAUGGUGGCAUGUGCGCCGGCAUUGACUUCGAUGAUCAUCCUUACAUUGUUAUUCGUAAUAACGUUAUGCGGGUGCUGCUGUAUGAUAUGUUUCUGUUCGCCAUGUUGUUUCUGUGCGAUAUGGUAUCGAAGACGGCGAAAUCGUCGAAAUCGCGGUGGAGUCGAGUUCAGCACAUAUCCGUCAGCCCCUCCACUUCUUUCAAAAGCAUGA